CCGUUUUUGCUCUUCGAAACACUAGAGGUCUACCAUGGCCCAGGGACCACAAGAAGAAGAAAGAUGAAGACAUUCUAGAUUGGCUUCAAGAGAUGUUUGGGUUUCAGAAAGAUAAUGUGGCAAACCAGAGGGAGCACCUGAUCUUGUUACUUGCAAAUGUUCAUAUACGUCAAUUUCCAAAGCCUGAUAUGCAACCCAAGUUGGAUGAUCGUGCACUGACAGAAGUAAUGAAGAAGCUUUUUAAGAAUUACAAAAAAUGGUGCAAGUACUUGGACCGAAAAAGUAGUCUUUGGUUGCCAACCAUUCAACAGGAAGUGCAACAACGUAAAUUAUUAUACAUGGGUCUGUAUUUAUUAAUAUGGGGUGAAGCUGCAAACUUGAGGUUCAUGCCAGAAUGCCUCUGCUAUAUUUACCAUCAUAUGGCAUUUGAGCUGUAUGGUAUGCUAGCUGGGAAUGUGAGUCCCAUGACCGGAGAGAAUGUGAAGCCGGCCUAUGGAGGUGAAGAAGAAGCCUUCUUGAGGAAAGUUGUAACGCCUAUCUAUGAAGUGAUCCGCACGGAAGCUGAAAGGAGCAAACGAGGCAAAUCAAAGCACUCACAAUGGAGGAACUAUGAUGAUUUAAAUGAAUACUUCUGGUCUGUUGAUUGUUUCCGCUUGGGUUGGCCAAUGCGUGCAGAUGCCGAUUUUUUUUGGUGGCUACCUAUUGAGCAGAAUCAUGAGAAAAAUGGGGAUGACAAGCCAUCAACUGGAAGAGAUAAAUGGGUGGGGAAAGUUAACUUUGUUGAGAUACGUUCUUUCUGGCACAUUUUCAGAAGCUUUGAUCGGAUGUGGAGCUUUUUCAUUCUGUGCUUACAGGCUAUGAUCAUUGUUGCUUCGAAUGGCUCGGGGCAACCAAGUGCAAUCUUUACUGGUGAUGUGUUUAAGAAAGUGUUGAGCAUCUUUAUCACUGCUGCUAUCUUGAAGCUUGGGCAAGCUGUCCUUGAUGUAAUACUCAAUUGGAAAGCACAGAGGAGUAUGUCAUUCUAUGUUAAGUUGAGAUACAUAUUGAAAGUUGUCUCGGCAGCAGCAUGGGUGAUUGUUCUUCCAGUUACUUAUGCUUAUACUUGGAAGAAUCCUCCAGGAUUUGCACAAACCAUCAAAAACUGGUUUGGCAACAACUCAAAUUCACCGUCCUUGUUUAUCUUAGCUGUCGUUACUUACCUGGCCCCGAAUAUGCUAGUUGCAGUGUUGUUUCUUUUCCCCUUCAUCCGUCGGCUCCUUGAGAGUUCAAAUUAUAGGAUUGUAAUGCUCAUGAUGUGGUGGUCGCAGCCACGUCUCUAUGUUGGGAGGGGGAUGCAUGAGAGUGCAUUUUCUCUCUUUAAGUAUACAUUGUUUUGGGUUCUCCUUAUCAUCACAAAGUUGGCAUUUAGUUUUUACAUCGAGAUAAAGCCUUUAGUAGGUCCCACAAAAGCUAUUAUGAGUGUUCGGGUAACUAACUUUCAAUGGCAUGAAUUCUUUCCUCGAGCCAAGAACAAUAUUGGUGUUGUGAUUGCUCUCUGGGCUCCAAUCAUUCUAGUCUAUUUUAUGGACACACAGAUCUGGUAUGCCAUAUUCUCUACUUUAUUUGGAGGUAUUUAUGGGGCAUUUCGACGCCUUGGAGAGAUUCGAACAUUGGGCAUGCUCAGAUCUCGUUUUCAAUCACUGCCAGGUGCUUUUAAUUCCUGUCUGAUUCCAGCAGAGAAGGGCGAUGUAAAGAAAGGAAUCUUGGGUUUUUUUUCUCGAAGCUUUCCAGAGGUUCCAUCUAACAAAGAGGAAAAGGCUGCUAGAUUUGCUCAACUGUGGAACAAAAUCAUUAGUAGUUUUAGGGAGGAAGAUCUAAUAGACAAUAAGGAAAUGAACCUGUUGCUCGUUCCAUACUGGGCUGAUCGUGAUUUGGACCUAAUACAGUGGCCUCCAUUUUUACUUGCUAGCAAGAUCCCCAUAGCUUUAGACAUGGCCAAGGACAGUGAUAGCAGGGAUAAGGAGCUGAAAAAACGAAUUUUGUCUGACUAUUACAUGAAGUGUGCAGUUCGUGAAUGCUAUGCAUCAUUCAAGAGCAUUAUCAAGAACUUGGUUCAUGGGGUCCGUGAGAAAAAGGUUAUUGAUUACAUUUUUACUGAAGUUGACAGACGUUUGGAAGAAGAUAAUCUAAUUAAAGAAUACAAGAUGAGUGCUCUUCCUAGCUUUCAUGAGCACUUCGUCAAGUUGAUUGGAUUUUUGCUAGAGAAUAAGGAAGAGCACCGGAAUGAUGUAGUAAUUAUUUUCCAGGACAUGUUGGAGGUUGUGAUGAGAGACAUAAUGAUGGAGGAGGAGGAACGUGUAUCUAGCUUGGUGGAUUCUAUCCAUAAUGGUUCUGGACAUCAGGGGAUGACCCCCAUUGAACAACAUCAUCAGUUAUUUGCAUCUGUUGGGGCUAUUAACUUUCCAACUCCAGUAUCUGAACCGUGGAAAGAAAAGAUCAAUAGGCUUCAUUUGUUACUCACUACAAAGGAAUCUGCAAUGGAUGUACCAUCCAACUUAGAAGCCAGGAGACGAAUUUCUUUCUUUUCUAAUUCAUUGUUUAUGGAAAUGCCUCCUGCACCUAAAGUCCGCAACAUGCUUUCAUUCUCUGUUUUGACUCCUUACUACACAGAGGAGGUUCUUUUCUCCUUGAGAGAUUUGGAAGAGCAAAAUGAAGAUGGUGUUUCUAUCCUUUUUUACUUGCAAAAAAUCUUUCCAGAUGAAUGGAAGAAUUUUCUUGAACGGGUAAAAUGCAAAACUGAAGAAGAACUUAAAGAAUCACCAGAUUUAGAAGAACACCUUUGUCUUUGGGCAUCAUAUAGGGGCCAAACUCUUACCAGAACUGUUAGGGGUAUGAUGUACUAUCGUGAAGCAUUGGAGCUUCAAGCUUUUCUUGAUAUGGCCAAACAUCAAGAUUUGAUGGAAGGAUACAAAGCUAUAGAAAUGAUUGCAGAGGAUGACCAAGGGGAAAGGUCAUUGAAGGCUCAAUGUGAAGCAGUGGCUGAUAUGAAAUUCACAUAUGUAGUGUCUUGCCAACAAUAUGGUAUUGACAAGCGGUCUGGUAAUGCCCGUGCACAGGACAUUUUGGGGCUGAUGACAAAAUACCCAUCCCUCCGUGUAGCAUAUAUUGAUGAGGUUGAAGAACCUAGCCAGGACAAAACCAAGAAGAUGAAUGACAAAGUUUAUUACUCUGCUUUGGUAAAGGCUGUCCCAAAGUCCAGUGAGGUUUCAGAGCCAACACAAAAUUUAGACCAGGUCAUUUAUCGGAUUAAGCUUCCUGGACCUGCUAUGUUGGGUGAAGGAAAACCAGAAAACCAAAAUCAUGCCAUUAUUUUCACUCGUGGAGAAGGCUUACAGACGAUAGAUAUGAACCAGGAUAAUUACAUGGAAGAGGCCUUAAAAAUGAGAAAUUUGUUGCAAGAAUUUCUUAAAAGGCAUGAUGGUGUGAGAUAUCCUUCAAUUCUUGGGCUUAGAGAACAUAUAUUUACAGGAAGUGUUUCUUCUCUUGCAUGGUUCAUGUCAAAUCAGGAGACAAGUUUUGUUACUAUUGGUCAGAGAUUGUUAGCAAACCCUUUAAAGGUGCGGUUCCACUAUGGCCAUCCAGAUGUAUUUGAUAGGCUCUUUCACCUUACAAGAGGGGGUGUCAGCAAAGCAUCUAAAGUCAUUAAUUUGAGUGAGGACAUAUUUGCUGGCUUCAAUUCCACACUUCGUGAAGGCAAUGUUACCCAUCAUGAAUACAUCCAAGUUGGGAAGGGAAGGGAUGUGGGUCUCAAUCAGAUUUCUAUGUUUGAGGCCAAAAUAGCCAAUGGAAAUGGGGAGCAGACGUUGAGUCGAGACAUAUACCGGCUCGGACAUCGAUUUGACUUUUUCCGAAUGCUUUCCUGUUAUUUCACCACUGUUGGGUUUUACUUUAGUACUCUGAUAACUGUUCUCAUUGUCUAUGUUUUCCUUUAUGGCCGCCUCUAUCUUGUCUUGAGUGGACUAGAAGAAGCAUUGAAUCAGCAACCGGCAAUUAAAGACAAUCAGUCUCUUCAAGUGGCUCUUGCUUCUCAGUCUUUUGUUCAAAUUGGUUAUCUGACGGCCUUACCUAUGUUGAUGGAAAUUGGGUUGGAAAGGGGUUUCCGAACUGCCCUAAGUGAAUUUAUAUUAAUGCAAUUGCAAUUGGCGCCAGUAUUCUUCACAUUCUCCCUUGGAACAAAGACACAUUAUUAUGGAAGGACAUUACUUCAUGGAGGUGCAAAAUAUAGGCCCACUGGUAGAGGGUUUGUGGUGUUCCAUGCCAAAUUUGCUGAAAACUACAGAUUAUACUCACGUAGCCAUUUUGUCAAGGGAAUUGAGAUGAUGAUCUUACUUAUUGUAUACGAAAUCUUUGGUCAAACUUACAGGAGUGCAGUUGCUUAUGUUUUUAUCACUAUUUCUCUGUGGUUUAUGGUGGGCACAUGGCUAUUUGCUCCCUUCCUGUUCAAUCCUUCUGGUUUUGAGUGGCAAAAGAUUGUUGAUGACUGGACUGACUGGAAUAAGUGGAUAAGUAACCGAGGGGGCAUAGGUGUACCACCAGAAAAAAGUUGGGAAUCAUGGUGGGAGGAAGAGCAAGAGCAUCUUCGACAUUCUGGAAAGCGUGGGAUCAUAGCUGAGAUAUUGUUAGCUUUACGAUUCUUUAUCUACCAGUAUGGGCUUGUAUAUCACCUAAGUAUUGUGAAGAAAACCCGAAGCUUUUUGGUUUAUGGUGCAUCAUGGCUGGUUAUUCUUCUGGUAUUGUUUGUAAUGAAGGCUGUAUCUGUUGGGCGGCGAAGGUUCAGUGCAAGUUAUCAACUGAUGUUCCGGCUAUUCAAGGGAAUGAUAUUCUUGACUUUUGUUACUAUUCUGGUUACCUUGAUUGCAUUCCCCCACAUGACAAUUCAAGACAUCAUUGUAUGCAUUCUUGCUUUCAUGCCUACUGGUUGGGGCAUGCUUUUGAUUGCUCAAGCGUUGAAGCCUCUUGUUCACAAAGCCGGUUUUUGGGGAUCAGUGAAGACACUUGCUCGUGGCUAUGAGAUUAUAAUGGGUUUACUCCUGUUCACUCCUGUUGCAUUCUUGGCUUGGUUUCCUUUUGUCUCAGAGUUUCAGACUCGCAUGCUCUUCAACCAAGCUUUCAGUAGAGGUCUGCAGAUUUCUCGUAUUCUUGGCGGGCAAAGGAAAGACCGUUCAUCGCGUCACAAGGAGUAAUCUCACUAAUAGCCAGUAUUGUAUCUAUGUCGAUGUCACCUCCGCUCCCCUAGUUUAGUUCUGUCUGUGGAAAUGUUGUUCAUAGCUGCUUUAGUGGAAUACUGAAUGAUUCUUCUUAUGCAUUACAAAAGGAACUCUAAAUCUAUUUUUUUUCCACUUCAAAAAAAUUGCUUGACCCAACCAGAAUCAUCUGAAAGUAAUCUAUUCUUGUCCAGAAAGGAAUAUAGCUUUCUCUGGAAU